GGUUUCACCUGCAGGUGAUUUUGUUCUGCACUGGAGUUGAGAGUUUCAGUUGCUGAGUUCUGGAUUGUUGUCUUCUCUGCAGUCAUGGGGAAAAUGACAUACUUAUUGCUCUUUGCUUGCUUGCUGCAGGAUACCCUGGCUGUAACUGUGGUGCCAUUGUUGGCGAAUAGUAAAAUCUUCCAGUUUAACCCAACCCAGACCACUAUUGCUUUGGAAAAGCCCUACUGCUACAGACUGACUACAGAGACCGUAUAUCUGUUUGUGGUCCGGAAUGAUGCCACAGACCUCACACUCUCAACCACCAGCACGUACUCGACAACAAAGAUUGGUGCCUCAAAACCGUAUGUGGCUGUCGUGUUUAACAAUACCAAUUGCAGCAAUCCUCCGACAUCAUCCCAGAUCUAUGACCUCUCCCAGGUGCAGGAUACCCUGAAUAACUAUGUUGUUCGGGUGGGGAAUGACACCAACUGCUUUAAUAAAGAUCCUUGCAAUGGUCCUCUUCAAAGUAACACAGCAUACAGCUUUUUGUAUGCAUAUUACAUUGGAACUGAUCAAAAGAAUGUGACUGGCUGGUCACCUCCCAUUACUACAAAACGAGGUCAAGAUCCUGGAAGCAUUGAUUUGUGGCCUGGAGGAAGGAGCGGUGGUAUGAUCGUCAUCACCUCAAUCCUCAGCGUGCUGCUUUUCUUUGUCCUAGCGGGUCUCGUGGCAGCUGUUAUCACCAAUCUUAUGACUCCAGCUACCGACUCUCAGCCCAAACAACAUGAAACGCAGACCUCUCACACUGUGGCUCACAAAGCAGAAGGAGGUGUCGAGUAUGCCACAGCCCUCAGCGCCUCGGAACGUUACUCCACCAACCCACAAGUUUGAGGAUUCUCUUGCCUAUUACUGAAUUUUCAGUGUCUUUGUCAUGGUUAAUAAGAGAUAAUGCAUGAAUCUUUAAAGGGAUCAGCCAUGUACAAUAGCGGAGGUUGUCAUUUUGUGAGUUGAGCCAACAUAAGAGAAGAGAACUAGUGAUUUCUCUGAGGAAUGAGGACUUAGUUUAAUGCCUCAGUUUUGUCACAAGUUCCUCCAUGAACUGGUAAUUUUCACCAUUUUGGCUUGGUUUAGAAAAGGUGACAACAGUAUGUAGGGGGGACUGUGUGACUGAUGAUAGGGGG